GUCCCUGCCCGUUCAACCAAGACAAAACCCUCUCGGUAUACUGCGUGUACUCUAGGUCAAAUUACAAUAACAAGUGCUUACAACAAUAGAAGUUAACAUCAAAACACACUCAAUGACAACCACUAGAAUAAAUACAGCGGUAGGAAAAAGGCAGGACUAAUCGACAGAACACCAAAACAGGUGUGCGCAUGAUGAUGGAUCGGAACGACAGGAUAGUCGCGGACGGACAUCGAACGCGUCCAGAGUGAGGAGACAGACGGAACGACAAAACACAUCCAGGAAACACAAACACGGGCCAGUAUCUGUCAUGCAUUCUUGUUCUUUCUUGUUCUUUCCUUUCGUUUUCUGCAUAUUGACACUCGCUGCUGUUAUUCACCCAAUCAGAUAAUGGAACCUAACAUGUGGACGACUGAUGUUGGGGGUAGUGAUGAGGGGCAACAGAGCAUGACUCCUGUCCUCCCUGCACACAGCCCUCCCCCUGCCCCUCUCAGGGAGGGGGAGGUCUACCACGUCUUCAUCAGCUACAGCAGCAUCGAUGGGCGCUGGGCCCAGAGCCUGAUCAACAGCCUGGAGGCUGCGGGGCUGCAGGUCUGCUACCACAGCCGAGACUUCACCCCGGGCCGCGCGGUGCUGGAGAACAUGUCUGACUGCAUCCAGGCGAGCCAGAAGGUGCUCCUGGUCCUGAGCCAGGAGUUCGUGAGGAGCCGCUGGUGUCUCCAGGAGGCCAACAUGUCUCUGUUUCGAGAGUGCUUGGAGCGUAAGCCGGUGCUGCCUGUUCUGUUAGAGCCAGGGGUUGACGUUCCCCUGCACCUCCGCCACCUGACCUACCUCGAGGCCUGGGACCCAGACUUCCUGGGCAAGGUGCUGAACGCACUCUGCACCCCCAACCGGCAGCUCCGGGGGACAGGGGUGGUCCCCAUCCAGCCCCCCUCCAUCUGUAACGGGAAGGCCCUGCAGCCUCAGGUUGCUGUCAACGAGGAAGGCCUUCACAGCUGGGAGGCCGGUCUGUUCAGCGUCAUGGAUGUGCCCGACCAGCUGUGCUUGGUUGUCGAGGACCAGGAAAAGUACAGGGAGGCCAUCAGGAUCAUAAACAACGUUUCACAGACUAAAGUGUGGCUGCGGCCUUACUGGCUCAGGCUACUCAUGUACUUUUUAGGAGUUUUGCAAAUUGUUUUACUAUAUGUCCUAGUCAGUUUUACUUCCUCGUUUUGCCGAGAGAAGGUACCCAAAUAUCUUUUUUUGUUUUUUUUGGUUGUUCCUUUGGGUUUGACUGUUCAACUCUGUCUGUGGAAGAGCGAUGAUAACAAAUAUAUCAUAGGUGAGAUGCAGAGAGCUGUGGGGAAAGCUAAUACACUCCUUUCAGGAGUGAAGGUUCUAAUGGGCUGCCAGUCCAACACCAAACUCCACGUCGUUUACACAUCCAAGUCUUUGGAAGGUUGCAGGCGAGAGUUUUCCGACACGUUUCCGGGCCGGCCCCGUGCUGCAGAGAUGUUCCAGCGGGCUCUUCUGUACUUCUCCUCAGGAUACGCCUGCUGUCUGUCCAAGAGACCCUUCCCCCUCUCCCCUCCCACAGCCUCCUGGAGGGAGGGAUGUGCUUCUGUCAGUAUGUGUCCCAGCAGCUGAGCAGGGGUCAGUGGUCUUGAAACGGCCCUCACAGGAGGGUACACUGGUGGCUCACCAGGUUGAACGCAUGACCCGUUCUGUGCACGUGUGCACGUCCUCCCCUUUUCUUCUCUCUCUCUCUCUCUCUCUCUCUCUCUCUCUCUCUCUCAUUUCCUGAAACUCUAAAUCAUAAUCUGUGUUCAUGGUAGAAAUGGUGGAAUUUAUUGGAAUGUAAAUCAAAUUUGUUAAAGGGAAUGCUUUGGAUUUUUCCUAAAAUAAUCUGUCAUUUUUAAUUGAGGCGUUUCCCCAUUUGAGUUUAUUUCUCAUUGGUUGUUGAGAUACCACGUGACCCAAGAAGUAAAGCUUGACAGGAAGCAACAGAAAUGUUAGAAAUACUAGUUAUGUAGAGAAACUUGUUUGUGGUCUCAGUAAAAGCGGUUGAAGAGAAUCGUGUAAAUCUUCAGAAUCAUUCUGUCUUGAUGCAGAGAAGUCGUUUAUUUUUCUAAUAAAUAAGUCCACCAGUU